GCGAAACAGUCCGUGCUGCGCAUGCGCUGAUACUGUCCCGCACUGAAACUUUUCAGAAACAGAAAAAAGCGACGACAUAAUAAUAAACAGCAUCUGCAACAAUUAUUAACGUCCAAUAGCUACUUUGGAUCAUUCAAAUCACGCUUGCUAUGGCUGCUAAAAAGAAGGAGAUCAGUUUACAGAUAAAUAUUAAUAAUGACGAACAAUGGAGUGAAGCUCUUGCAUUGAAAGGGUUAUUAGUGGUUGAUGUGUACCAGCAGUGGUGUGGUCCCUGCCGCGCAGUCGUCGGUCUCUUUAGGAAAAUCAAGAACGAGCUGGGAGACGAGCUGCUGCAUUUUGCCACGGCUGAGGCAGAUGGGAUUGAAGCUCUGGAGAUGUACAGAGGAAAGUGUGAGCCCACCUUUCUGUUUUAUGCGGGAGGUGAGCUGGUGUCAGUUCUGCGAGGGCCAAACGCUCCUCUCCUGCAGAAGACCAUACAGGAGGAGCUGAGCAAUGAAAAAAAUGUCCUGGAGCACGGCGGAGCCCGCAGAGCAGUGAAAGAUGAAGGUUUAACUGAGGAAGAGGAAGUGAACGAUGACACUGAGGAUCAUCCGCAUGAUGAAGAUGUGACCGUUCCUACAGACAAGUCCUACACAGUGGCAAUAAUCAAGCCGGAUGUAGUGGCCCACGGCAAAGCAGACGAGAUUAUAAUGAAGAUUCAGGAUGCCGGUUUUGUGAUUUUGGCGCAUGAGGAGCGAACGCUGACUGAAGCAGAAGCUCAGGACUUCUAUCAACACAAAGCCGCGGAGCCGUACUUUCAGGAGCUCGUCCAGUUUAUGUCGAGCGGCCCAUCGCAUGUCCUGGUCAUCUCCAAGACAGAGGGCUGUGAGGACGUCAUUCCGGCCUGGAGAGAAUUCAUCGGCCCUGCUGAUGUGGAGGAGGCCCGGAGAGAGCAGCCUGAAAGCCUGCGGGCGCAGUACGGCUCUGAAAGCCUUCUGAACGGCCUCCACGGCAGCUCCGACCGCGAGCGCGCCAGCAGGGAACUGGCCUUCUUCUUCCCCAACUUCAGCUUCAGUGUGUGGGACUCCAGGCCGGAAGAGGAGCCCGUGGAGCGAACGCUGGCGCUCGUCCGGCCCGACGCUGCCAGGGAAAACAGAGAGGAAAUCCUGAGCCGCAUCCGUCAAGCUGGUUUCAGAGUGGCCAUGCAGAAAGAGCUGAUGCUGACGGAGGAGCAGGUGCGACUCUUCUACAGCACUCAUGUGGAGGAGGAAUACUUCAACAGCCUGAUGGAGAACAUGACCAGUGGGCUGGUGUUAGCAUUAGCUUUAGUAAAAGAAGGAGCCGUGGAGCACUGGAGGAACAUCCUAGGACCCAAAGACCCCAUCAAGGCUAAAAAUGAGCAACCGGACAGUUUGCGAGCCCAGUUCUCGGUUGAAAACUCUAGUAUUAACCAGCUCCACGGCAGCAGCAGCUCAGAGGAGGCAGAGAAGGAGAUCAGCUUCUUCUUCCCUCCUGAAGACACACUCGCUGUCAUUAAACCGGACACCCAACACAAGGAGGAGAUCCUGGAGGAGAUUCAGGCUCAAGGAUUUACCAUUUCCCAACUGAAAGACACGAUUCUGUCCAGAGAGAUGGCAGAGGAGUUUUAUAAAGAGCAUCGCGAGAAACCCUUCUUCAGCCAGCUGGUGGAUUACAUGUGCCGUGGGCCGUGUACGAUGCUAGUUCUGACGAAGGAGAACGCAGUGCAGGAGUGGAGAGCCGCCAUGGGCCCCACAGACCCCGACCAGGCCCGACUGACAGCUCCCGAGUCACUGAGAGCUCGAUUCGCUAAAGACGUGCUAGAAAACGCCGUCCACGGCUCCUCAAACACAGAACACGCAGACCAGAAGAUCAAGUUCAUCUUUGGAGACAUCGGUGAGAUCAUCCCUGACACUGCGUCACCACCGCUAGAAACAGAGGAGAGUUUUGCAGAGCUCAAAAAUCUACAAUCUUCAAGAUCUCCUUCAUUCGGUGACUUGAGGAACGAGACCGAGCCGGACACUACAGAUGGUGCUGAAGAAAUGAACCUCGAGAUGACAGAGAGUCACGCAGCAUCUACAGACCAGACUGAAGCCCUCGAGACGCCGGAAUCCAGCCAGCCGGACACAGGAGAAUCGCCCAGUUUGUGAAAGCUGCACAGUCAUCUGUCAAACAAGCAGUGUGAAGAUGACAUGAAGCACCUCAAUAGUCAGCAGGAGAUUAAACUCUUCGUCUUCAGUCUAUCAUCAAUCAUUUACUUGAAAAAAAACAAAACACUUUUGUCUGUUUUUAUACAUUAAACUCCUGGUGUGAGGCUGAUUUGCUUGGCUCAAGCUGACAACAGUUUCAUUUGAAUGA